AGGUUGAUGUUCAAAAAGACACAAAACUGGACACGCAGAAGCAAGAAACAGCUUCCUACAAGUCCAUCAGCAAGGAGAUGGAGACAUGCACUUCCAAGGCUGAGUUUAGCUCUGAAAAUGAUGUAUUUGUAUCUUGUUACUCCACAAUGUCCAGUCUUACCUCACAGUCCUGUCUGACCAUCUCAGAUAAGAGCAGAAGUUCUCCACACACUGAAGGAACUCAUGUAGAUCUCAAUCUGAACAAUACUGUUUUACCUGAGGAACCUUUUUUAGAAGCACAAGAAAACCAAGCAGCUCAAAACCAACCUGUAAAAACAUGCAAAGAAUCCUCAGGCCAGUUGAAAAAUGACAUAACUGAAUGUAAACCAACCAUUGCAGGUGCUAAAAAUGAGCACAACAAAACAGAAAAUGCCAGUGAGAACAAUGCAGAUGCUGCUGAGAAGCACCCGACUUCAAUUAAGGAAGAAUGUAAACAUAAUGAUCCAAAAGCAGUUUCAUUUCAGCAGAAAUCUUGCCAACCAUUUGGGUCAGAUGACACACAUUCUUUUUCAGUGGCCAACAAGAUUCCUCAUGAUACUAGUCAUGAAAUAAAAUCUAAACAAUCCCAAAAAGAGGAAACUUUAGAAAUGGCUCAAAGAUCCUUUAAGCCAGACUCAUCAGAAACACCCAGUCACAGUGUGGUAGCAGAACCCAGACUGUACCAGAAACAGGCAUCUUUUGAAAGAACUCAGAGCACUAGCCCAUCCAGCCUGCAAAAACGAAUGCCAUGGGGAACUUCAUCACACCCCUCUACUUCUCCAUCUUCCAAGACCACCAGCUCCCCAAAACGACAACCACUUUCUUCACCAGCCAAGGGUGUCAGCACACGAAGUCCAAACCAGGAACCUUCUGGUUCUCCACAGAGGCUUGCUAGUGGUUUGAAGCUUCCAAGUAAAAGCUAUUUCAGUAGUGGCAUCCCAAAACCAAUUCCUCCUCAACAGCCAUCUAAAUCAGGAUCUGAUUUUAUGAAGUCCUCUCCUCCUCAAAGACCUAAAAAUGUCCGCCCAAAAAUCAUUACUUAUGUCCGUAAGAGUCCUCAGCCAAAGUCACAUUCUACAGAGAGUCCAUAUGAAGCCUCUACUCUGCCUUCAAGGCUUUCACCGUACUCUAGUAUGCCAGCCACAAAGGAGCAAAAAGUUGCAGGAUCUAGAGGCUCACCAGUGAUGUGCUCCUCCAAUAUCCUACAGGACAAGUAUCGACAGGAGUUGCAGAAAUCAGGAUACUACUCACCACCUGGCCUGAUGGUGUCUGGCAUCAGACUACCAGGGCAUACUGUACCUCAUAAAAUGGUAGGGAAGUCAGAAAGUUUCCAUGGUGAACUCCCAGGCAAAUAUCUGCAUGAGGUGGGCAGAGGUGUCCAUCUUGGUGCACAUGAAAUAGCUGGUGCUACUCGAUCACCAAGGGGUCUAAGGCCUCAGCUUGGCCUUGGAGCAGUCACAAGACAGCCUACAACCAAAGCCAGAAUGCUGAUGACAGGCCAUAGGUCAACUUCACCUCUCAGCCACUCAGCUCCAAUGGGGCAGUCUACGCACUGCUACCAAGAUUCCACAGAGGAGAAGAAGAAGCCUAUAUUAGAGGUUGCUCCCAAGUCCCUCCUCCCCAAAUCAGGUCAGUCUGGCCUGCGCCCACCGGGCUUCUCCCACCUACCCACUGCUCGCCUUGCUGCUUUCGGCUUCGUUCGCAGUGCCAGUGUGUCCUCCGUGUCCAGCAACCAGUCCAACGAUAGCACUCAUAGCAGCCCAUGCCGCCCCCCUCACUGUCAAAGCAGUGAAAAUGAGGAGACCUUUGUGCCUCGUACUCCUUUCUCCCCCAGUCAUGGUGGCAGCGGUAGACGAGCUAGCUGUGGAAGUGCCCAUAACACAAGCCACCGCUCUAUGGCGCCUCUGCUGCAGGGUUCGCCUGUUGCUUCUAGAAAGGAAUUUCAAAGAGAUGGAGAUGUUGCUCAUCCUGCUCUGUCCUCCCCAAAGAGAUUUGCAGUGGUCUCGCCCAAACCUCAUUCCCCUGUGCGUCAGAAGUCAUGUGUGGCGCGUCUCGGAGGUCGGACGGAGGGACUGGAUGAACGCCUCCUAGCGGUACUGGGGCUGAAAGAGCGCUGUGAGGAACAAGCCAAGCAGAUCAGCGCCCUGCAGGCCCAACUUGGAAAAACCUCACUCUGCAUGGACAUCUUGGCAAUUACCACUCAGCACUUCUGCCAUAAGAACGAGAUUGCCUUGGUGAAGGAGAGGGAACUGUCCCUGGAGCUUUCCAGGAUCAGGGAUGAAGUGGUGGUCAGCGUGGGCCGGUGGGAGUGUUUGCAGGGUGAGAAGGCUGAGUUGGAGCGCAAUUUUGAGCAGCAGCUGAGGAAACUGAAGGUGGAGCAGGAGAAGGAACUGCAGGAUCUGCAGGAGAGUCUGAGAGAAGAGCAGCAGAAGGAAACUGAGCUUCUGCAGCAACAGCAGAGCAGCCAGCUAGAGCAGUUCAGCUCCUUGCACCAACAGCAGGUGGAGGAGAUGACCGAGAACCAUGAGGCGACCAUGCUGGAGAUGGAGGCUGCUCAUAACGCCACACUGGCCACUCUACAGGAGGAGCACGCUAGGACAGUCAAAAAUCUCAGGAUGGCACACGAACAGCAGAAGAAAUCUCUGGAAGAAGAAUUUGAAAAACUCAGAUUGUCUCUGCAGGAUCAGGUGGACACACUGACGUUUCAGAACCGCAGCUUGAGCGACCGAGCCAAGCGCUUUGAGGAGGCGCUGCGCAGAAGUACAGAUGAACAGAUUGUGGAAGCUUUGGCCCCUUAUCAGCACAUAGAAGAGGAUCUAAAAAGUCUCAAAGAGGUUUUGGAGAUGAAGAAUCAACAGAUCCACCAACAAGAAGUCAAGAUAUCUGAGUUGGAGAAACUGGCCCAGAAAAAUGCCUUGUUGGAGGAGCGUGUUCAGGUGCUACAGCAGCAGAAUGAGGACCUUAAGGCGAGAAUAGAUCUCAACCUUGCCAUGUCCAGGCAACUGUCAGAAGAGAAUGCUAACUUGCAGGAGUACGUGGAGAAGGAGAGUAAUGAGAAAAAGCGCCUGAGUCGCACAAAUGAAGAGCUGCUCUGGCGUCUGCAGACGGGCGAAUUGAGCCCACACAUGUCACCAAAUCAGUCGCCACUCCAUCGACCUUCUCCAGGCCCUGGCUCACCAUCCCACCUUCCACCCUUUCCUAGAUGAACCCCACUAUCCUUCUUUCACUUUCUUCCUCUCUCUGUCUUUUCAUCGAUUUCAUUUCAACUGUACCCUCUUUUAUCAAGCGUAAGUUCAAGCAGACACUUAAGGUGCUUUCUGUAGUGUUAUAGACUGUAUCAGUUGAGUUGUAUGUGCUGUAAAUGGGUGCUGAUAACUAGGUUAUCUCAGGAGGCUCAGGAGGAGUGUGUCUGAAUUCAAACCCCUAAACCCUCUGUAAAUCUGUGUCUUACACAUUUUAAUUCUGGAUGAACAAAUGGGGCUCUGUGUAAUACAGUUUGAGUAUAACAGAACUUGGACAGAUAACCCAUUCGUUUAUUCGUUUUAACAAAUUUUAAUGACCAUCAUAUAUAAACAUGAACACAGCCAGUUUUGAGCUGCAGAUUUUUCUACCCUACUUGUAUCAUGCAUAAUGAAGUACUAAUUACCACUGGCAUGUUUUGCAAAUUGGCAGUUUUAAUUAGGUUCUGUGGUGCCUGUAUGUCAAGCUUUGCUUUGACUAGCAUUUGCAGCUUAUAUAGGAUAAACAGUAAAAAUGAAAGCAUAAACAAGAUACAAGAUUCAUAUACUUAAUCAUUCAUUCAUUCAUCUCCUGUAAGUGCUUUAUCCUGGUCAGGGUCACCCCUGACACUCCCCACCCCUCCCUUACUCUCACCGGUUAUAUUAUUUUAUUUCUAAGAAUGAAAAGAAUCAAUAUAUCUUGGAUGAGGGGAGUUUAAUAAAUAAAAUAAAUACAUAUUAACAGAUACAUAUUAAAAUAUGCCUGCAAAAUAUGAAAACUGGAAAACGGAGCAAGAUCUAUAAUAUAUUGUUAAUUAUAUAGCAGUUUCUAUUCUUUUCACACCACAAGGGGGCCCCCUCGAACUGACUGAUGCAUAAACCUUUUCACCAAAUAGCGUGGUGCAGGAAUGAGUCCUAAAACCCGGAAAUGAGUUAGCAUUUUUGCAUUUCCGGUUUCAUCCUCCCGAAGUCAAUGGGUUUUUUGAAUGGGUUUUUGGUUAAAUGCCUGAAAUAAGGUCUGUGGUUAACACAAACUCAAGAUAUUUUCAUGUUUUAUUCUACGACAUAAAAUACAUCAGUACUACCCACUUGUGAUUUUUAAAAGCUUUUACGUGAUUUGAAAAGGACGGUUGCUAGCAAGUGACUAAAUGGGACUACAGAGGUUGUCGGGGACAUUAGACGUCAUCACGCCGAACAGGAAAUCUCAUCUACUGCAGCCUUGUGUUUAUACUCGCGCUCUUGCAAAUCAUUCCAACGUGUAGAUUUAUCAAUUUAUAGUAUUUUCCAAUUAUGGUGUUUUUUGUUUGUUUGUUGUUUUUUUUAUUAGACUGAAAGAGUUGUCAGAAGCUUAGCGGUGGUGACGUUGAAGUCAUGCGACCGUGGUGUAGUUCGUUUAUAGCCUAACUUUAUUUAUUUUAUUUUAUUUUAUUUAUUUUUACUUCUGGCGAUUGUAUUUAGGCUUGAUGAAAAAGAAAACGUGUAAAGAUCAUAAGCUUUUGUUGGCCACAGAGCUUAUUUUCGGUAAUAAUUUAAAAGCCAGUGAAAUAAUCCUGUUGGAUUUUUUCUCGAGGAAACCAAGGUGAUGCUAACUUCCGGGUUGGCCUACAAAAAUACCUCAUCCCUGCAGAACUCUAUGAUAGAAAGGUGUGCUUUUUUGCAUAUAUGUUUUAAAAUUCAUGAAUCCCACUGGUGGUCUGGGGGUCCUAAGCAGCCGCCUAUACCACUUUUUUUUUUUUUUUUUUUUUUUUUUUUUUUUUUUUUAAACAAACAUCCCAGGAAACUCCACAAAGAUAGUAACCGUACUUUCAAUUCUAGUAAAUUAUUAUUCAUUCAGUUUCUUUAAAGAAUUACACACUAAUGCACACAGAACACAUACUUAAUAUGGAUAUUUCUUCCCCUUCAAAUAUAUUGUAUAGUCCUUAUUGUUUGGCAAUGAGAAAAAUAAUGACCAUCACUGUUCUUAUACAACCAAAGUAGUUCCUCAUUCAUUCUCUGUUUCCAUAACAUUUUAUGGUUUUCAUGAGCUCAUUGUUCAAAAAAAUAUUAAACACAGAUUGACAUUGGAUAUUGAGUGAGAAAAGUAAAAUAUGUUCAAAGUGUUUACAUUUGAAUAAUUUACAUUAUGCUAAUAUACUUCACUAUCAGGCUGUUCUCAAGACUACUAUCUUCUCAGUGCAAAAAAAAAAUGUUCAUGCCUUCAUCUUCUGGUCAGCAAAGUUUACAGAACUCCAUGUCAGCCUCCAUUCAGGCAAACUGCCACUGCUGUUCCUCUUAUGGACUGAUUGUAUGCUGAACAAACCUCCUGCUAAACAAGUCUUCCGUUUGAACACAGAUGUUGUAUUUAUAUACCAUUUACCUGCUAAGGCAACACUGAAGACAUUUCAUCAUGUGCAGGAGACAGACCUGGCUACAUUGGAAUGUUGCUAAGCUAACAUAAAAGUAUAUCAAGAUAAUACCAUAAUGCUAGUACCUCAAUGUUAGCACUUGAGCUACAAUACGUUAUGCUGAAACUGCUAGCAGGUUAAUAUUUUCAGUGAUGUACUACUGUCUGUAACAUUAAGUUUAAAAUGAGUACCAAAAGAAAUCUGGAGGCACGGUAAGUACUUUAGCAUUGUAAUAGUUCAAUUAUUGAAAUGAUGUUGUGUUAGUUGGGCUUCUGGUUAACCAUGGAGACUUUCAGGAUGUACAAACUCAAAGCCAUAAUGCUUUUCCGAAAAGAAAAAUUCCAAUCUUCAUUUUGGCUUUUUACUAUUCGAGAAUCAUAUUCACAUUUACGACAUUUUCUUCUGUUUUUCCUGCUACACAAACACAUACAAACCAGCUCAUAAAUGGCUUAACAACUAGCCAUUAAAUAAGAUUAUUAAGAAUAAAUCCUGGGAACUGAGACUGGGAGCCAAAGGGUUAUUAGUUACAGCAACCUAUGUUCCAUUGCCUGUACGUCCAUUCCAGUGAAACUAAUGAUAAAUUAUUAAUUGAAAAUUGGCCGCCACUAUAGACAUAUCAAAUACCUGAACCUAUAUGAGUGAUGUACUGAUACAAAAGCAAAUGUGGGAAUGAGAAGGUAAAAUAUUUGACUCCUUUAUGUUUUAAGAUAAUUUAUUAUAAUCAUGAAUUGUGUUAUUUAUUUGCAAAUGUCAGUAUACAGUAAGUGUACUUAAUUUUUCUAUAAUUGCUGUAGAUUUUUACAGUACAAAAUCGUAUUUAGCUCAACCA